CGCUCCCGCCGCGCUGUCAGCCCCGCCCGCCCUCCCGCUCCGCAGUCGCCGGCAGUGAGCCGGGUGCCACUGUGCUGUGAGCCGGUAACGUGGCACACCCGGGACAGGCUUGGUUCCUUAGGUGUAUCGCAUACAUCUAAAGUGCACAUACAUGAGAAGACUUGUGAAACUAAGAGAAUUUGCUGCAAGGAAUGGAAUUAGCUCACAGCUUGCUGCUCAAUGAAGAAGCAUCCAGUCAGCUGGGUGAAGUGCAGAAGGCUGAGUUCAUCUUUGAGUGGUUGAGAUACUUGGAGAAGCUCUUGCUAGCAACAAACAGGGGCGAUGUGAGAGAGAAGCAGAAGACUCUUGUUGAGCAGCUCCUGUCCUUACUGAACAGCUCUCCGGGGCCGCCCACACGCAAGCUCCUUGCUCAGAAUCUGGCCAUCCUUUAUAGUGUUGGAGACACAUUUUCUGUUUACGAGACAAUUGACAAAUGUAAUGAUCUUAUUCGUAGCAAAGAUGACUCUCCAAGUUACCUUCCCACCAAACUUGCUGCUGUGGUGUGCUUGGGUUCCUUGUACAAGAAGUUGGGUAGAAUACUGGCUAACGGCUUUACGGACACAGUGGGGAAUAUCCUUAAAGCUAUGAAGAGUGCAGAGUCUCAAGGCCGCUAUGAGAUCAUGCUGAGUCUGCAGAGUAUACUGACUGGACUGGGUGCUGCAGCCGCACCUUGCCACAGGGAUGUUUACAAGGCUGCUCGGUCGUGCCUAACAGACAGAUCCAUGGCUGUCCGAUGUGCCGCUGCCAAGUGUCUUCUUGAACUCCAGAAUGAGGCCAUCUUUAUGUGGAGCACAGACCUGGACAGUGUGGCCACACUAUGUUUUAAGUCCUUUGAAGGUUCCAAUUAUGACGUGCGGAUAUCAGUUUCAAAACUGCUGGGUACAGUGUUGGCUAAAGCUCUGAUUGCUAAGCAUCCAGGACCAGCAGCCUCGAGGCAGAGUGCUCGCAGAGUGUCACUGGAGGAAGUUCUGGAACUGCUGGGAGCAGGGUUUCUGCGUGGGAGCUCGGGAUUCCUUCGAGCCAGUGGAGAUAUGCUGAAAGGAAGCAGUUCAGUCAGCAGAGACGUUCGAGUUGGAGUUACUCAGGCUUACGUGGUAUUUGUUUCAACAUUAGGAGGAUCUUGGCUAGAGAAGAAUCUUGCUGUCUUUCUUUCCCAUAUCCUAAGCCUUGUAUCACAGUCAAAUCCUAAAGCCACACAAACGCAGAUUGACGCCGUCUGCUGCCGCCGCUGCGUCUCAUUUAUUCUCCGAGCGACUCUAGGAGGCCUGCUUGGAGAGAAGGCUCAGAUCGCGGCUGCACGGGAGAUCUGCCAGGCUGUCUGGAAGCUAAAGAGAGUCAUGGAUGCUGUACUGAGUGAUGGUAAUUUGGAAACCCGUCUCAGCUCCACAGAUGUAGCAGCCACCCAGCAUAUGCUGGUUUGCGCAUUACAAGAACUUGGAAAUCUCAUAUACAGUCUUGGCACUACAGCUGCACCUUUGCUCCAGGAUUCCAGUACAGGCCUUCUGGACAGCGUCAUUUCGGUGGUUCUGCACCCUAGCAUUUCUGUCCGCCUGGCUGCAGCCUGGUGCCUGCACUGCAUUGCUGUGGCCUUGCCUUCUUACCUGACACCUCUCUUAGACCGUUGCCUAGAACGGCUUUCGGUACUGAAGUCUUCACCAGAAGCAGUGACUGGCUUUAGUUUUGCUGUGGCAGCCUUGCUAGGUGCAGUGACACACUGUCCUUUGGGAAUUCCUCAUGGAAAGGGCAAGAUUAUCAUGGCGUUAGCAGAGGAUUUGCUGUGUUCCGCUGCUCAGAACAGCCGCCUGUCUCUUCAGCGCACACAAGCGGGAUGGCUGCUGAUCGCUGCCCUCAUGACGCUAGGUCCUGCCGUGGUCAGUCACCACCUCGCUCGAGUUCUGCUGCUGUGGAAGUGUGUCUUUCCAGUGUCCCCUAAAGACCUAGAAACAGAAAAAAGCCGAGGAGAUUCGUUUACCUGGCAGGUAACCCUGGAAGGCCGAGCCGGUGCUCUCUGUGCUAUCAAGAGUUUCAUCUCCCACUGCGGUGAUCUCCUUACGGAGGAAGUCAUCCAGCGUCUCCUGCCGCCGCUGCCCCGUGCUGUGGAUCUGCUGACUCAGCUUUCUUCAAUACUAAAAACAUAUGGAAGUUCUUUGAAAACACCGUCAAUAGUUUAUAGACAGAGACUUUAUGACCUACUAAUUUUAUUACCUCCUGAGACCUACAAAGAGAACGUCUGUGCUGUCCUCAAAGAGCUGGCUGCCGAACUCACUGCCCCGGAUAUCCAAGCAGCAGCAGCCACAUGCUUACUGCCAGCCCUCUGUCAUCCAGAUGACCUGUUGAUAGUAAGCCCUUUGCUGCAAGAAACCGACCAUAGGUUCAUUGAAGAACAGCUCCUGCUUGGCAAUGGCAUUGCCUGUGGAAGUCUAGAAUAUGACCCUUAUUCUAUUUAUGAGAAGGACGUAGAAGGAGACUCUGUGCCCAAGCCCCUGCCUCCAGCACUGUCCGUUAUUAGCUCUGCAUCCAAGCUCUUUGGGGUUGUCUGUGCUAAUGUGGACGAAGCUCAGAGUGUUCCGAUCCUGGAGCAACUUCUGAACAGCAUAAAGCACACCAAAGGAGCCCGUCAGCAAACAGUUCAGUUGCACGUUGUUUCUGCCAUUUCUAACUUGCUGAAGUAUGUGGCUGGCUCUAAACAAAGUUUAGGCCCAGAAGUAAGAAGACUUGUCCUUACACUAGUGUUGGGAGCACUGGAAAGUCCCAACUCACUUUUGAGAUGUGCGGCUUCGGAAGCAUGGGCUAGAUUAGCCCAAGUGGUUGAUGAUGGAGCCUUUACUGCUGGAUUAGCUCAAGUUAGCUUUGACAAAUUGAAGUCAGCGAGAGAUGUGGUUACCAGAACAGGCCACUCGCUGGCUCUGGGAUCCCUGCAUAGGUACUUAGGGGGCAUAGGGCCUCAGCACUUGAGUUCUUGCAUUGGAGUCCUUCAUACCCUGUGUCAGGACAGCACUUCUCCUGACGUGCAGACCUGGGCUCUCCACUCUCUGUCACUGACCAUCGACUCUGCUGGUGCACUCUACCACGUGCAUGUGGGCUCCACCCUGUCACUCAUCGUCAUGUUGUUGCUAAAUGUGCCUCCAACUCAUGCCCAAGUUCACCAGAGUCUUGGUCGCUGCUUGAACGCCCUCAUCACCACGUUGGGCCCAGAGCUACAAGGUAACAAUACUUCCGUGUCCGCCUUAAGGACCUCCUGUCUGCUGGGCUGUGCAGUGAUGCAGGAUCACCCGGGCUGCCUGGUCCAGGCUCAGGCCAUCUCCUGCCUGCAGCAGCUUCACAUGUUUGCUCCACAGCAUGUCAACUUGUCCAGUCUGGUCAGCUGCCUCUGUGAGAUCUUGUUGGAUAAUUCUGUGUUGGUGAACCUUUGUAGCCCCUACCUGUUGCUGAGAAGAGCAGUUCUGGCCUGUUUGCGGCAGCUGGUACAGAGAGAAGCAGCUGAAGUCUCAGAGCAUGCUGCCAUGCUGGCCAGGGAUGGCAGGGACCCUGCUGCAGAUGCUAACCUCCGAGAAGUGGGCCUGGAAGGGGCGCUGUUGGCCUUACUAGACAGAGAGACGGACGAGAGCUUGUGCCGGGAUAUCAGAGAGACGUUGCAUCAUAUGCUGACAUCGAUGGCAGUGGAGAAGCUCUCCCUUUGGCUAAAGCUUUGUAAAGACGUGCUUGCCGCUUCAGCUGAUUUUACAGCUGUAACAUGCGUGGAUACAAUGCAGGAGGAAGAAGGCGAUAGAGGUGACGAUGCCUCGGUUUUGACCAGAGGUGAUGACAAGCCACACCCUUUCAGUAAUCCUCGGUGGGCCACCAGAGUCUUUGCUGCUGACUGUGUCUGCAGAAUAAUCAACCAGUGUGAAGAUGCAAACAGCGCUCAUUUUGACAUUGCUUUAGCCCAAGAAAUGAAAAAACGUGACUCAAGAAAUGACUUUUUGGUGCUCCAUCUUGCUGACUUAAUCCGCAUGGCUUUCAUGGCUGCCACGGACCAUAGUGACCAGCUCCGUCUCUCUGGCCUUGACACACUCUUAGUUGUUAUUCGACGAUUUGCAGAUAUUGCAGAGCCAGAGUUUCCAGGUCAUGUGAUUCUGGAACAGUAUCAAGCCAAUGUUGGAGCCGCUCUUAGACCAGCCUUCACUUCAGAGACACCACCUGACAUCACUGCCAAAGCAUGUCAGGUUUGCAGUGCUUGGAUAGCAAGUGGAGUUGUUAGUGACCUCAGUGAUCUCCGCAGAGUUCAUCAGCUACUUGUCUCAUCACUAACAAAGAUACAGGCUGGAAAAGAAGCGCUUAGCCAGCUGUACAGUGAAAGUGCGUCCACCAUGGAGAUCUUAGCUGUGCUGAGAGCCUGGGCAGAGGUCUACAUAAUUGCUGUACAAAGACAUAAAAAUCCCAAGCAAACCUUGAGGACUACUAUUAAUUCUGAAGACAGUGUGAAAAGCGGGUCCCCUUCGGCUGCUAGUCUUCUUGACUUAGUCUGCACAGACCUGGCCACACUAAGCCGACUCUGGCUUGCUGCGCUUCAGGAUUUUGCUCUCUUAACUCUGCCUGCAGAAUUUGCUUCCCAGCUUCCCGUUGAAGGCGGUGCUUUCUACACAGCGGAGACGAGCAGGAAUGCUAAGCCACACUACCACAGCUCCUGGGCCCUCAUCCUCCACGCCGCCGCGCUGUGGCUCACCAGCACGGGCUUCGCGGACCCAGACGAAGGAGGUGCCAAUCUCUCAAGGCCUGUAACUCCCACUUCCAUGUGCCAGGGCUCAUCGUCAUCUGGAGCUGCCGUAAAGUCGCCCGAGGAUGUCUACACUGACAGGUUCCAUCUGAUUCUAGGGGUCAGCGUGGAGUUCCUGUGCUCCCUGCGCUCAGAUGCGAGCCUGGAAAGCAUCACCGCGUGUUUGCAUGCACUGCAGGCCCUUCUCGACGUCCCUUGGCCCAGAUCCAGAAUCGGCAGUGAUCAGGACUUGGGUAUUGAAUUGCUGAAUGUACUACACCGAGUAAUUUUGACCAGAGAGUCACCAGCCAUUCAAUUGGCUUCACUUGAAGUGGUAAGACAGAUUAUCUGUGCUGCGCAAGAACAUGUGAAGGAAAAAAGACGAAGUGCAGAAGUUGAUGAUGGUGCCUCUGAAAAGGAAACCCUGCCGGAGUUUGGUGAAGGAAAGGACACGGGAGGACUUGUGCCGGGGAAGUCUCUGGUGUUUGCGACCCUGGAGCUCUGUGUCUGCAUCCUCGUUAGGCAGCUCCCGGAACUGAACCCUAAGCUGACGGGUGGCCCAGGAGCAAAGGCUUCAAAGCCGAAGGCGCUGCCAGAGGAAGGGAGCAGACUGGUGGCCGCCGCCCUGCUCAUCCUCGCUGAGCUUCCCACAGUGUGUUCUCCUGAAGGAAGCAUCUCAAUUCUCCCUACAGUAUUGUACCUCGCCAUUGGAGUCCUCCGGGAAACUGCUGUGAGGUUGCCUGGGGGCCAGAUAUCCUCCACAGUCACAGCUUCCCUGCAAGCUCUGAAAACAAUCUUAACUUCCCCCAUGGCCAUGGCAGAAAAGAGCCACGAAGCUUGGACCAGCCUCCUCCAAAGUGCACUGGCAACUGUGCUUGACUGCUGGAACCCAGUUGAUGGAGCACCUCAAGAACUUGAUGACGUCAGUCUGCUUACUGCCAUCACAGUAUUUAUUUUGUCUACCAGUCCAGAAGUGACAACCGUCCCCUGCCUUCAGAAUCGCUGCAUUGAAAAAUUUAAGGCUGCCCUGGAGAGCAAAGACACUGUGGUACAAAUGAAGACCUGUCAGCUCCUCCACUCCAUUUUUCAGUAUCCAAAGCCGGCUGUUUCCUACCCAUACAUUUAUUCCUUAGCGUCUUCUAUUGUGGAGAAACUGCAGGAAAUAGACAGGAGGAAACCUGAAGAUGCCACCGAGCUGCAGCUCUGUCAAGAAGGAAUAAAGCUCUUAGAAGCUUUGGUCUCCAUUGCAGAAGAAGAGCACCGCUCUCGGCUGGUGGCCUGCCUUCUGCCCAUCCUCAUUUCCUUCCUUUUGGACGAGAAUGCUCUGGGAUCAGCAACUUCAGUAACAAGAAGUCUGCAUGACUUUGCUUUGCAAAAUCUCAUGCAGAUUGGGCCUCGGUACUCCUCAGUGUUUAAGAAGGUCAUGGCUUCUUCCCCAGCCCUGAAGGCGCGGCUAGAGGCUGCCGUGAAAGGCAAUCAGGAAAGUGUCAGAGGGGACCCACCUUCUAAGCAGGCCAAGAACCUGGCAAGGAACUCAAGCAUCCAGUUAAAGACCAACUUCCUGUGACCUGCUCUUCUAGGACACGGAGCACCUGAAUGUAACUCACUCGAUGUUUCCUUGCUUUGGGAAAAAAGUGAAACUUGAGGCACAAGUGCACUAGGAGAUCCUGUCGGUUCUAAAUUCAGGAGUGACCGAAACCUAACCUUCUUGCUAAUUUUGCUUUUAUUUUGUUUCCGUUUACUAAGGCCAUGGAACUGUCAGAAUUCUUGCCAGGCAUUUCAAGAAAGAAAGUGCCAAAGAUCCAACUUUACUAAGCAGUCCGCUGCCUUGACCAUGAAGGGGUUCCUUCUAACGGGCUGUAGGGCCGUAGGCUGAAAGGCAUCACUGUAUUAUAAAGUAUCUACGCUUACACCACAUCCCACUUUCUAUGUGAAAUCCUGCCUUAUUCAGUGGUAGUAUCAAACUUGGUUGCAUUUCUCAAGGAACAUCAACGAUUAGAGCAGGGAAGGAUGGCACUCACCUGAGGAGACUGAGACGGGUGAUGGUCCAAGUCCCAGCCAGCCUGGUCCACAGAGUGCGUUCCUGGACAGCCAGGGCUACACAGAGAAACCCAGCCUCAAACAAAGAACCAAAUCUAGAAUUACCCAACCUGUAACAGGAGAGACUGCUUCAGCCCUGUGUGUAGCUCAAGGCUGUGGCGGCAUCAUGGAUCACGGAUCAUGGUGAUAGCUUCUGAGUGAGUUUAUGCUGAGUCCCCGCGAAUGCUUUCAUGUGAAUAGAAGAUCUCCCUCCUACCAUUCUCAAAUGGAUUUUCUGUUACCUCUGUUCCUUUUGUUUGUUUUUAUUUGUGGAAAUCAUUCAUAUUGAAAGCUUAAUAUAGAGUCAUGUCUAUAUCAAUAUGGGGUUAUAUGAAUGUCAUAUUUAGUACAACAAAUUUAGAACUUCUGUGAAUACAAAUACUUUUUUAACACAGAAUGUAUUUUAAUAUUAAAAAUAUAAUGAUAAAGUCAUACUGGUAGAAAAUAUUUUUGGCUAUGUUUAUGAUCAUUUUCCCUCCACUUCAACAUUGUACUGUGUAAAUUGACCACUAUGUCAAAAUGAUGCAGCUUCCUGUUAAAAUUUACAAACUGCAGGGAUAGAGGUGUGGUCAGCAUUGAGAAAAACUGAUUAGGCCAGGAGCCACGUGGUGGGCUCCGUUUUAUCGUGCUUGUAUGUAAAUACUCUUGUAAAGCACUCAGAGUGGAAAGCCUUCUGCAAACUCUAACACUACAAUCAAACUUUUCUAUACUGCAUAAAUAAAGCUAAUUUCUUUAA